GGUGGAGCACAGACCAACUGAUCUCUCUCAUGCAUGGAGUACGUGUAGCAUGAUUUUGGUUCAUCUAAAUCUUCACAAAUCUCAAACGUUUGUGUUUUGCCUUGACAUGGAGAAGAUGAUCACAAUGCUGGUGGCUCUGUUUCUGAGGGAAGUGGCUGGGAGGUCUGGUUGGUCAGUGACAUUUGAAAACCCAAAUCCUUGUGCUUUAAAGGGAUCGUCUGUGGAGUUCAGGUGCUCAUACAACUACACAGAUGGGGAAACGGUUAGAAGGACUGCAUGGUUCAAAGGGGAAGUAAUAUCUGGCAUCUUGAAACGCAUUGAGCUUUCAGACCUUCCUUCAUAUGAAAAUCGUUCUGAAUAUCUGGGUGACAAGCAGCACGACUGUAGCCUUGCAGUUCACAACCUGCAGGAUAAUGACACUGGAUAUUACUUCUUCAGGUUUGAUACGGACACGUAUGGAUGGCGUAGUAAACAAUCAGUGUAUCUGUCUGUCACAGAGCUGACAGCCAGAGUGUACCCGCAGAGGGUGAGAGCAGGAGACACCGUCACUCUUGAAUGUAGAAUAUCCUGCCAACUUCACAGCACGGUCUGGUUCAGAGACGGACAUCCAGUGGCCAAGCCAGUGUUCCAGGCUCAGGCAGAGGAUUCUGGAAGUUAUUCCUGUGCUGUGGAAGGACAGGAGUCAGAGCAAUCUGACCCUGUGGUCCUGGAUGUUCAGUAUCCUCCAUUAAAUGUGUCCAUUGAGGUGAGUCAUCCUGGCCACCUGACAGAGGGCAGCAGUGUGAACCUGACCUGCAGCAGUGCAGCUAACCCUGCAGCAGACAACUACACCUGGUACAAGGCCACUGUUUCCAACUCCAGCUCUGUGCUCCAGGUGGGCUCAGGACAGGUGCUGUCUCUUUCCUCUGUGGAGGCGUCCCAUGCUGGACUCUACCUCUGCCAGGCCAGGAACAGAGUGGGGGAUGACAACUCAACAGAGGUGCUGCUGACAGUUCAUCAAACAGAGAGUGAGAUUAACCAUUUCAUCCUCCUCGUUGGUAUUGGAGUCAAAGUUGUUAUUGCGCUGUUGCUUCCACUGAUCAUUAUCUGGGCUUGGCGGAAGAGACACAAUUCUGCUGUGGACAAAAAGGACCAGGACCAGGAUUAUGAAAACAUCAGAAGCAUCUAAAUGGGUAAAAAAAAAAACAAAAAAACAAAGCACAGAACAGGGUUUGACAGAAGGAAAUGUCUAGUUAAAGAAGCUACAGAAGCAUGAAGAUGUCUGAUCACACUAGACACAGAACUUGACAUUGUGGCACAGGAAUGUCUGUGGUUUGUCUCCUGCCGGCUCCACCAAUAUUUCUGCUGGAGUUAGAGCUGAGCAGCAAGUUUGACUGCAUAAAAAAAUGCAGCUCCACCAUUCACUCUUUCCUGCUUCUGUUUGUGUCAUCUUACAUCUCAACAUAACCUCUCCUGCCUUGUAACAGUGAUAACAGCAAUAAUCAUUAUCAGUCACAGCUCUCCUGGAUGAAUAUGCUUCUUAUAUUUAUUAUGACAGUGUUUUAUGCCCGUAUAUUACAUUCAUAACCGUAAUAUAUUUAAAUGGAUAUUUAACUGAUCAAAUCCACUUUGAACAGCGCUGAUCAUUUUUGAGUGGAGUGACUGGCUCACUGCAGGUUCAGCAGACUGUAGUCAGAAUCAAAACAACUGUAUGCUGCCCCCUUCAGUUUAAGAUGCACAUGUAGGUUAUGCUCGGGUUAGGGUUGCCUUGAUACGUUCAGUCUUACAACAUAUCUGUUUACAUAAUUAACCUCAAUCUGGGGUUCAGACGGGUUCAGGUGUAAAUUUUUUCACUCUGAUCACUAUGGUAGUAAUCAGUGAUCACAUUUCACUCCUGCUAUGUGCGUAAAAACUGGUAUGUCAAACUGGAAUAAAUGCUGGCUGCAGUAAAAAAUGUUUUUGUAAGACAUAUUGUCAAGACUUCUUGAUUGUCAACAUGCUGUGAAUAUUUUUUUCUUUCUUUUUCUUGCCAUAUAUGUUUUUAACUUAUUUUUCUUUGCAAUUAAAACAAUUAACUUUUUUACAGUUAUGUGAAAAUAAAAAGUACAAGGUUUUUUCAUUA